AGGGAGCCGGGGCUGAGUCGGAACGGAAGCAGAAGGUGAUUCAUCGCCCUCCACUGCAACUUUUUCCCCUCUUUCCGCCCAACGGUUCGUGCGUCAUACAGUUGGGAUCUUCCUGCUCGCCCGCACCAAUCAGCCAGCCAGCAAGCACUCGCCAUGGCCAAGAAGAAGAAGAAGCCCAGCAGGCGCAAUCAAGGGGAUGACGAUGUCAACUCUAGAGAUGCCGUCGCAACUGCGUCAGCCCCUGAGACUUCCGGCACAGCCAGCGCUACAACCUCACGGGUGCCGAAUGGGGCUACAGCCAACAAGGCCCGCGCUCUUGAGUCGCGCUUUGCAAAGUUGAUCCCAACAGCCCUGGAGAACUUGUCGCUCAUUGCCGCUUACACACCGCUGGAACGACCUGUGAGACCUGAGCUGGCGAUUCUGACACCGGAGCGAAUCGAUGCCAGCACCUCUGCUUAUGCCUCUGCUUCCAGCGCCGAAGGUGGAUCGAAAGGAGGACGAGGAGCAUUCCGUCUUCCUAAGAAGCCCCGCUGGCAUCGCGAUCUAAGCGCCAAGGCUGUCCAGUCCAACGAGUCCUCCGUCUUCUCCUCUUGGCUCGAAGAGACCGAUGCCGCCAUGGACUCUCGCUUCUCCCUCGUCAGAGGUCUCCUCUCUUCCCAAUUGGCAGAAGUGAAACACCUACCCCAGCCAAAGGCAGAAGAGUGUCUCUUACCGAGCAUGUUUGAGAGGAAUGUAGAAGUGUAUCGCCAAUUGUGGAGAGUAAUGGAACGCUCUCACCUCUUGCUUGUUCUACUCGAUGCAAGAUGUCCCCUCUUGCAUCUACCACCUAGCUUGGUGGAACACCUCAGAAAGUAUGCAGCGGUAAAGACGAUUUUGGUGCUGACGAAGAAGGAUAUUGUGGGAGAAGAUGUGACGAUGCUUUGGAAGAGAUGGUUGGAGGAGAAAUUUGGAUGGAGUGUCGUUGUGACGGAGGCAUAUAAAAGGCAGGAGAAGAGGGAGGGACAGGGCAAACGUACUCGUCUCACACCAUUCCUCAGCGACGACUCUCGCUCUGCCAUAUUUGCCGCCAUCAAAAAAGCGCACAAGUCCCUCAUUACUCCUCCUGCCAAAGUAGCAGAGGACCCUGAGCGGUUAGCGCAAUGGCAGCCCAGCUGCGCAGUCAACAUUGACUGGGAUGAGGUGCAGAGCGGCCGGCAUGUCUUGCGCAACGGUGGUGACAACGUCGCCGGCAGUAGCGGCCGCAGCGAACGGGAUCCCAGUGAGACCUCCUUGUGCAUUGGACUCAUCGGGCAGCCCAACGUUGGGAAGAGUUCACUGCUCAAUGCACUAAUGGGAUCAAAAGUAGUACAUGCCUCGCGAACACCAGGCAAGACGAAGAUCUUCCAGACCCAUUACCUCGGAGGUGCUGGUGCUGCUCCUUCUGUGGAGUCUUCGCCCCAGGAAGGCCACACUGGCACCACUAACAGCCACAACAACAGCGAUGGGAAAAGUCGUGUCCUCCUCUGCGACUGCCCCGGUCUCGUCUUCCCAAGCAGUGCCGGCCAAGAGCUUCAAGUGCUCGGAGCCAUCCUCCCCAUCUCCCAAGUUCAAUCCACCGCUUCCAUUCUCCGGUUUGCCGCUUCGCAUAUCCCACUUGAGAGGGUAUUGGCGCUGCAGAUGCCAGAGGAUGAAUAUGGUGAUGCCAGUGUUGGAGGGCUGGUAGGAGAGAGGCAGUGGACGGCAACGCUCCUUCUUGAGGCGCUUUGUAGACGGCAUGGGUACAAGACGGCCAAGGCGGGGAGGUGGGAUGUGAAUCGCGCCGGCAACGCCCUCAUCCGGGCCCUCGCCGAAGGACGUAUCCGUUGGGCAUUUCAUCCACCCCCUCUUACUUCUUCUCCAAGCGAUAACGACACCAGCCAGGGUGACGGAGUAGCAGAAGCAAUCGCCGACGACUACCACUAUGACGGCAGGGGGAUCUGGCUGCCUGGCUCGCUCACCGACCCUUCCAGCUCCAGCUCCAGCUCUGCCACGGGCGCUACGCACGAUCCCUCUUCAUCUUCUGUGCCCUCCUACCUCGAUGAGGAUGGCACGGACGAAGAUGACAAUGACGAUGACGCUUCAGACGCUGGAAGCAACAUCGACGGGCAGGGGCGAGAUCUGGAGGGUGCUUCCCACCCUCUCCUCAGGAAGAAGCGGGCGCGGGGGAAGAGCUCGAAGAGGGUCACAUUCGAAGAAGAAGAAGAAGAGGCAGAAGAAGAGAGUAGCGAAAUUGAUGCCGAAGGGCAGUCAGAGGAAGAGGAAGAGGUGGUGGAACAGGCCAAGCCGAUCGGGCGAGCUGCUAGCUUGUUCGAGGCGCUGGCUGUCGAGGGGCAGGAUGAAGAGGAAGAGGAAGAGAAACAGGAAGAGUCAGACGACACUGGACGCUCAGGCUCAGGCUCAGACUCAGACGAGCGCGAGGGAGAUACCGCAGCAAAGUAAGAUAGAACAUGUGACGUGGGUAAUCAAUUUACUUCGAUAGAUG